UUCGUAGGUUAUUCACGUUCAGUGUUUGAAAGACAUGUGUUGAUGAGAACUGCAAAUAAUUAAGCGUCGUAACGCUUAAUUAUCCGAGAAUGGAGAAACUCUGUCCGGCGUGUGAAAAGAAUGGUAUUAAGAGAAGACUCAAGGCAUUUCAGAUUAAUCUGGAAGAAGCGGUGUGGUCCUGCGAGGCGGAAGAAUGCAGCUGGCCGAUCAGUUACGAGGAAUUAACAUUCUUCCCUAGAGCAGCUUCCUCCUGCAACUGGGAAGAACCAACUUUCGCUAAAGAGGACAAACCUGUGCUACUAGAAUUUACGCUUUAUACACCACCUGUAACUCCCGGAAGUGAACUUUCCAAAGAAUUGACAGAGAUAACAAGUGCUGAAUAUUCAUCAUAUCCUACAAUGGAAGAUAAAAUUGAAACAGUGCCUAAAUGUAAAUUCAUUACCUCACCAAAGGAAUCUACCGAUACUAAUAAAUCAUUACUAUUUGAGCCACUUGAAUUAGCAGACACUAACUCUAAAGAAAGCAGAAACAUUAUGAAUAAACAGAUUGUAGGUGUUAGGACACUGCCCAAGAUUGUCAACAUUGAAAAGACUAAUAUUAAUCUUAAGAUUUUUUCUAAUAUUGAUGAGCAUUGUGAUGAUAGAAAACUACAGGAACAUGAUUAUUCGUUCAUGAAUACAAACGUAAUGGAUACUUUCAAGAAUCUCAAUAUAUCUAAUGAUAAGUAUAUAGGUUUAAAUCAGCAGUACAAAACCGCAAACGAACAGAAUGAAAACCGUAAACUGCAGUUGGAUGCAACAGUGAAUGAAGUAGGAACAGAUGUUGGCACAGAGACACUAUCGAAAGCUAUGAACACGUUAGUCGACCUAGAUACUACAAUUAACUUAGAUACAACAAAUCAGUCUAUAGAAAAUACUUCGAACAGCAAUAUAGACACACUACUGGAACAUAUUCUUAACAAUGAAAGCAAUUUACCUAUAGACUUAAAUGAAGAUUGGUUAAAUAUGUUGAUGAGCUGACGACAGUAACUUACAUUUAUUAUUAUUUAAUACAAUAGCUUGUAUUGAACAAAGACUGAAAGAUGUGACGAAGAAGAUCAGAUUAUAAGUUACAACUGAUCUUUAUGAAAUGUGAUAAUAGAAUGACGUUUAAUCGUAAUGAAGUCAUUGUAAGAAAUUAUCAUAA